CACCCCCGCCCCCGCACUUUGCUGUCUUUCCUCUAGCCGUCAGUCCGGCUCUGUCCGUCCCCGCAGUGCGGUGCUUACCAUCGAUGUACACACAGAGGUACAAGCUAAGUUACACAUUCAAUUUCUUUUUAAGUGCACAAACGGGCUGAUAAGCUCUGCAGGCCGACAGGAAAUAGACACAGACAGAAAAUGAGUCUUUACAUUGUCUCCAAAAGCAGACACUGGCCUUCAUUUAAAGCUAAUCUGUCCUCACCAAUGCCGAAUAGCGUCGUUAAACUGCUAAAUGCGGAUGUGCAGUAAUACAGGCGGAAGCAGUACUCACCGCGUAUCUUUAACUCAUCUUAAAGCUAUAUUGUUGAUAUUUUGAAAAGGAACUGUGUACCGCAGUGCUAAUCCACACAACCUUAACAAUAAACACAGCGCAAACUAACAGCAGUUCUCCACCCGAUGCCGCCUACUAAGAACGGCAACGGCGAUUGGCUGUUGGCCACUGUAGACGCGUUACUUCGAUUGGUUAGGCACUUCAACAGACAGAUUGAUGUCUGCAAACCGUUUCUAAUAUUUUUUCAAAAAUCUAACCAUAACCAAAAUCACAUUUAAGAUUUUUAAUGUGAACACUGAGGUUGUAUAAACAUUUUGACACAUUUUCACGACGGGUAUUUGUCAUUUCUAAUCAGACUACAACGUAAAGACUUCUGGGUAACGUAGUACCGGUGUCUUGCUGCCUUAACUCCAGGCUGAACACAGAUGGCUUUGCCUGUUAUGUGGAUGAUAAAAAUCAGGGGUGUCAAAUUCAACCACAGCAAGGACCAUAAUCUGGAUUUAGGUUUAACCCGAGGGCCAAACAGGGUCAACAUUUCACCCAAACUGUCAACCUCCUUUUCAAAAAGGCAAUCUGAGAUUGAAAAAAUCUUUUAUUUUUAUUCUAUUUUUUAUUAUUUCAAAAGAUCAGAGCAUGAUAUUAAAAAUAGAAAAAUAAGGCUUUUAAAGAGCAAAUACAUGAGCAGAACAUUGAAAGGUCAAAAUGUGACGUAAAAUUUAAAAUUAGAAUCUAAAGUAUAAAAAUGACACAGGUCUAAAUACUGAGUUAAACCAAAUAGAAGCAUGAAAUAAAAAAUCCAAUCAUGUUUGACUUGUAAUCUUGAAAUGCAAAAUUGAAAACAUGAAAUAAAACACCAAAUAUUUCUUCCCUUACAUUCUUGACUACUUAUCAAAUCUCCCUUACUCUCAAUUUCCUAAAUUUUCAUGGCUUAUUAAGGACAUUUUAAAUAAUGGUGCUAACGUUUACAAUAUUAUACUGGAGGAAAUCUGCAGACUUCAUACCGGUGGGCCAAUGAUAAUACAAAUAUGAUAUGAUCUUGUGGGCUAGAUAUAAUUGUUCCACGGGCCAGAUUUGGCCCCCGGGCCUUGAGUUUGACACAUGUGAUAAAAAUUUACUGAAGAUAAACUCAAAUCCAUUGUGCACAUUCUGUAGUAUUUAUUUCACCAAGGCACAUAUUUCACAUUGAGGCCAAUCAGUGUGUGGAAGAGGCAUCUUGAUGUAACAAAAAUAAUUUAACAUGAUGGUGUAAUAAUAAUAAUAUUAAUAAUAGUAGAUAAGAAUAAAAACUGUAUAAAAGUACAAAAGAUAGGAGGCUUGCUCCACCAACACAAAAUAAAUAGUUCCACCAAGUUACUUAAAUAAAUAGUCAAUACUGUAACAAAUACUAGAAUAGAAAUGAACAAAAAUUAAUAGUGAUAAAGUUGGUAAAGUAAUCUAUGUUAUAUUGUAGAAAACAACAUAAUACACAAAAGUGUUGUAUACAACAAUUUACAUUCUUGUACACUUAUGUACACCUGUACAGAACAUAGUGUCACAAUACAUAGUAUUUUAAGGCUUUGGGUUUUAUGCUAAAAAUAAAACUACCUUUUCUACCCAAAAGCACAGGUUCAAAAUCAGCCCUCUCACUCAUCCAAGAGGCUAAUCCCAACAAGUUUGUGCAAAGAAUCUAAUCAGGUCCAUCAGUGCUCGGCAACAGGGCACAUUCAUUCAACUUUACCACAAUGUUAAAUAUGCCUCCUCAUGCAGAAUGCAAAAAAAACAGGCAUUAACAAAAGAAAUUUUACCUGUGUUACAAAGAACAGCACUUCUCUUUGGCUACUUUUGUUUGUUUGUUUGUUUUCAGAUAAAUGUAAAUGCAAAUUGAAAUCAUAGUCUAUCAGCUGAUACAUUAAGACGUGGCACAUUUUGAACAUUAACAAGAUAUGUUUACUUUAAGGACACUGUACGUGUAGAGUUACAGAAAACCUUGGCGGUCUGAAAUGUUUGCUACAUCUACUGGAAGAGUAUUUGCUAGAGAAAUACACAAAUGCAAAGUAGAUUAAGUCCAUUUACACAAAAAGAAAUAAUCAGAGCGAUAGGUUCAGGAAGUGCUACUGUGUUUUUCUUGAGGGUCAGUGAUACACCAGACAAAAAUAAAGAUUACAGAGAUGUGGGCAAAUAAAUUCACGUAAAUACAGAUAACAGGAGAGAGUGAAACAUUACAACUUCAAAUAAAUAAAAUUAAAUAAAUUACUAACAACAAUAAAUAAAUAAAUACAUAAAUAACAUGGUCACGAACAAGGCCUUUAGAGGAGAGUUUGGGGAGUUGUGUGAUCACUGUAGUCAAAUUGGCAGUCUGCAUUAAUGGUUUUAACUGUCUGCAGUGUAGUGCAUCCUUAUUGGCUCUAAUGGAAAGACACAUUCUUCAACACACAUGUCACUGGUUGAUGUUCAGGCCGAUUAAGGCAUGCUAUUGACUACAGCGCACACUGACAUGGUCCUGAUUCCCCUUUGGCUGAGGCGGGACUCUCUUUAUCCUCCCUCACUGGCUCUGCUGUGGAGCAGUUGUAAGGAAAAGGAUAAAUGAGCUGAGAUCAUCAUUGAACUGCAGAGGCUUUGGGCUUGAGGGUGAGGAAUGCUCUGUACGCCCAGUCACAGAAGAGCUUGAAGUGUUGAAGUAGCUCAUGGCUGGACUGCAGGACAUCAAACUGGUAGGUCAGGUGAGGGGGGAGGGAAGGCGUCGCUGGGGGUAACCUGGGUGCUUCAACUCGCAGCAUCUACAGGCGUAAAAACAGGGAGACAGAUUGAUUAGAAAAACAGCUUUUCAGGGUAAAUUUGUAUCGAUGUGACGUCACACACUGGAGACAAUUUAGAGUCAGAUGUAGAAAUUGAGCUUUGUACCUGACGGUGCAGCAGGUUAAUGAGAGAUUUCAUUUCUCUGAUCAUCUCCACCAGUUUGGGCACAGCAGGGUGGUGGUGCUUCUUUGAAACUUUGUUGAGCCACUCAAAGUGGUGCUCGUACAGCUUCAGGUCAGCAUGCAGCUGAGAGAGUGUGGGCUUCAGCUGGAAAAUACACAGACAUACUUUAGAGACUUAGCACGGGUGUGGCAAGAUGUAACAGUAUGGCUAGAAACAGGGCAGACAGACAGCACGCACGCACACACACACUCACACACAUACACAAACACAUUUACACACAGUUACAUUAUCAGAGCAUUACCUCAAGAUUGCUGAGGUCAUUGGCUGAUCUGUUGCUCAUUUCUGGCAGAGACCUGAACCUGUGUGGCUCCACGUCUGAGUCAAACGCAUGCUCCCUCUGAAAGAGAAAACAAGACACAGAGCGGCCCGUCAGUAAUUUGCAUCAACACAAUUUAACCCAUCCUGAGACAAGUCACGGCAACAUGAGGAAAGUAUUAGUGCAGCACCUUGCUUGGGUGACUGUUUUCUGUGCUUAGAGACAGUAGCUCUUACUGAAGGGAGUGCGGUUGAUCGGGUCAGUGUGAGUUCACCCACAUUUAGCCACCCCAAAUGUCAACAAUGAGAGCAAAUGACCUGAACCCACAGGAUGUUUUCUACAGGGAGCGAGGAUAACAACAUAUGCAGUGACUAAGAAAGCUCAGGGUGCAACAGACAACACAAGGCUGUAGGGAAACUCCAGGGUCACAGCUAUAAAAAGAUGGAAUGACGCAGUACAGCUGCCCAGCCAGAGUUGUGUGUUGUAAACUAAGUCUAGACAGCAGAUGUAGUGCCUGUCACAGCCACUAGAGGGGGACAAAGAACCUGAUUGCAGGCCUGUAGGCUUCUACCUUUACAACUGCAACAGCUCUCAUCAGUAGUUUAGAACUAAAGAGGUGCAUCAGAGUCAAUAAUGAAUGGGGAUGAAGAUGAGUGAUGUGGUGUGCGUCAUUUCUAAUCAGUAGAGGAACAAAACAGCAAAAGGACGAUAAUUGCUGACAAUUUUUUUGGUAAACAGGUUGUGUGUGCUUAAUGCUUCCUUAACCUGUUUUUCAGUGAGUUCCUUGCACCGCUCUUUAUCUCCGAUUGUUUAUGUUGUUGUUUUUUAGUGAUGAAUGUGCUGCUUUGUCUUCCUACGUCUUUCCAUCAGCCUCCAUAAGAGCUACCUUAUGUUUGUGGUCUGAUGUUUUGUCUCUGUAUCUUUUGUCCCCUUCUGUCCCCUACCCUCGUCUCUCUUCCCCCCCUUCUCUUCUCUCCUUUCUCUCCCUCUCAAACCAGGUGCACAAGCACAUCCAACGUCACACGCACACGUGCAUGCAUGCACACAAAUACACCGCUGGCUUGUCAUCUAGUUGGCCCUCUGAUCUCUUCAUCUCUUGUGGUUUUCGCUCCCUCUUUCUCAGCCUUUAAUUCUCCCUCUUAUCCUUUCUUUUCUUGCUCUCUCUCCAUCACAGAUCAUGACCUCACCCGACAGAACUCAGCAUCCAGCCUUUUUUCUUCCUGAAUGCAAAUAAUGGAAUGUGAUAAAUCUUUUCUGAUUUUUAUCAAGCCACUUUGCUGUGGAGACCAAAGGUAAAACACUAAACACCACACUUACACAAACAUGACUAUUUACAGAACCCUCACAGCACACAACACACUGCCACAAAAAUGCAUACACAGAAAUGCAUGCACACAUAUACACAUUUGCACAGAUACUGUAUGCACUUAAACACUUACUCACACGUACAAAGUGGCUUCGGAAAACUUAUACAGACCUAUGUGUGUAAACAGACUCACACACACGUUUCUCUCUCUCUAUAAAGCAUCAGUUUCAUUGCUUUUUUGCAGGGACUUUCCAUGGAUUCCUAUUCUAUUUAUCUUUCCUAAUUUUGACCUCUUUUUAGUGGAAAUCCACACAGUAUGGAAAAAAGAAUUAAAAAUACAUCUUCUAUGUUUUUUAAACACUGUCUAAUACUGUUCCAGACUCUCUUUGAUAGUGCUGGUUUGUUCGCAUACAGUUCAAAAGUCUGACUUCUGCUUCACUAAAGUCUUUAACAUUGUUUUAAAGCAACAAACACACACUCACUCACACAUACACACACAUUUUGACCAUUAUCUACUAGCUGAGACUAGAGAGAGUAUGCAGCUAUUUUUGAUUUUAUCUCCUGAACAAAAGGGUUUCAAGAUUUGCAUAAUGCAAAAAUAGAAUCUGGAUCGGUCAUGUGUAACCAAAGAUGCUGAGAUAAGAUCCCGCUUUCUUUUCACCUGUUAAAAUACACUGUGGACACACAAUCACAGGCUGGAGCUAAAGUCUCUUCUUGCUUAAGGUCUCAUUUAGGAUUUUUCCACUCCAGUGCCUGUCACAAAUGAAGAUUUCAGGCCAAAGUUAUCAGUGCAAGUGGAUCUCAUUCCAUCAUGAGGGGCUCAAACUUCAUCCUUACUUUUCCAACAGCAGAGCAUUAACUUAUUUUUAUGGAAGCAGGUGUUUGAUAGACAUGCUGGGCGGUGUGGCAAAAGUUGAUGCGUACUUUAUAGUUUGUGUUUCCCCUUCUGCAUAACAUUGCUCAAACCUUGACAUGUAAUCUUCACUAUUCUGGAUAAAGGCACUACCCUUGCCAACAACCUCUGCUACCUUCACAAGCAGCCAGGUGACCAGGCAGACCAGCAGGCUGCUGAGUCAGACCUCCCCUCCGUCCGUUCCGAGUCUAGUUUGGAUUAAAAGUGAGAUCACCCAGUCAAAUCCCCCCUCGAGGCUUUUGGUGCCCUGAUCUAAGCAUACAGAUGGACUCCAGCCAGUCUGUCAUCAAUGAAAGCUGCUUAUGUCAAACUGUGGCCUGAGCGAAUGUAACAUAGCUCAGCCAAGAAGACUUUCCACGACAGUGAUCUGAGCAAGUCGGUGUGAUUGUACCUUUCAUUUAGGUAACAUCAACAUCCAAUUAGGGAAAGGUCAAUCAAUGACGAGCCUCCUACCCCUCCCUCUCACUAAUAAUUCAGUUAGCAAAGGCCUCAUCAGCAUCUCCUCCAAUCAAUAGCUCCAUCAUCACUUACCAGCAGAUCUUGGGUGAGCUUCAUUAGAUUUUUGGUCUGAUUGGACAGUUUAUCCAUGUCAGAAGGCCGCCGCUGGGGCACAGGAGAGGCCAACGUAAACACGGGCAGCUGGGCCAAUAGCAGCGAGAAGAGGAGCGAUGAGGAGGAGUCGAGCAGCACUGCAGGGGGAAGAACAAAACGGAAGCAAUUAGUGGAAAGGCGCUGUCAUCUCGCCAUAAUGAUAACAACCUCAGGCCACGGCUGUCAGCUGAAAGGGGGAGAUAUUGCACCAUAACAUAAACAAUGGCUCCAGACUUGGCUGAGGAAUCCAGUGUCAGAGUCAUGUUGUCACAGGCUGGGAUGCAAAUAAUUAAAUCAUUAAAAAACAGCCGGGCUUUGACACUGAAUAUCACCUUCACUCCUUCACCGUAAGCAACGCAAUGAAUGCCGCUGAUUGUCACACCUGCAACUGGAUAGGUAGGUGAGCUGGUGGUAUAAAUUAUAUAGAGGCAGCCAAGUCAACUCUCUAACAGUAAGCUCAUUCAUUCUUUUCCUUUCAAGUUGAAAUACAAGGUAGACUAAGUAUUAAAAGGGAACCACAGUGGUGUUGAAAUGAUGAAUGCUUGAUAAUUACAGGUGAACCACAAGAAUCAGAGCCAAAAUAACACUGCAGGAGCAUCUAAGCCCAAGUGCUGUCCUUGUGUUAACUUUAACACUUGCAUAGUGGAGUCCAAAGUGAAGUUCAUGUUAAGUAAGAAGGCAGAGUUUUAUCAUUUAAAAAGGCAGGUUAAAUUCAUUAGGUCUGUUACAAACAUUAAGAUUUUGGCGUUUAAAAAAUAAAGUAAAAGUUGCAAGAGAAAAAGCAAUAUUAAAAAUUAAAACAAUUAUGAAUUAAAAAUACACAAACACUUACAUUUCAUAUUGUUUCAGGUCCGAGAGAAACAAAAAAACACGAAGAUAAAUAAAUAAAUAGAAAAUUAAUAAAUAAUUUGAACUCCGGAAAUUGUCACGUGCUCCGGUUUCUUCUUCGCGCUCGUCAGUCAGAGCGACGAGGAAAGUUGUCAAGAGAGGAGAGGAUAAAUGAGACAGGGUACAGUGAUGCCAGGACCACUCAGAGUGAAAAAACAGGAGAGAAAGAAAAAAAGAAGUCAAACUUUGAGUCAGUAGCAAAGUUUGAGAUGAGCCCCUGUAGUCUUUAUGGAGUGCUGAAGGUACAGAGACACUAGGUUUGGAGAGAGAGAGGAGGCAACAGGAGUGCAGAGAGAGGGAUGCGAGUGUGGUAAGUCCAAAUUUUGCGCGCAGUGAAGUGUUUAGGCUUGUUUAAAACUUCCUUUAUAAAGACGUCGGGCCUAUGACACAUCGGCAGUGACUCACUUCAUUCAUAAAAACACACACACACAGACACACGCUCCCUCUCCCUCUCCCUCUCUCUCUCUCUCUCUCCCUCUCUCUCCCCCUCUCUCUUUCCUCCUCCCCUCCCUGCAGCCUGUCUCCCUUUGCGAAACUUUAAAAAAUGUUCCGUUGUUUUUUUUUCUUUCCUCUAUCACUUUCUCUCGUCCUGUCUGCUAUCUCCAGCACUUCCUCCGUCGCAUCCCGCUAUACCUGCGCCAAUCAGUCCCAUCUACCACUUUAUCUUUCCAUCUCCAAAUCUCUUCCCCUCUCUGUCUUUCUCUCUCUCUCUGUCACUGCAGACGUUUUAAAAAGCCCAUUGUUUUCACGUGUAUCAGCAUAUCUCAUGUAACAGUGUAUCUUUUUUAGAGCCUCUCUAGUUUGACCUGCCCUGGCUGGUGUUUAGUGUCACAGAAAGAGCAUUCUUGUUUGUGUUUUUAAAUUUAUAACCGGGUCCCUUUAGACUAAACAUGCCACUUUCCCUGUAUUAUAACUAAUACACACAGCAAACACCUUUCUAUUCCAUAUUUCUCUCCCUCCUUUCUCACCCCUUUCUCUUUUUUCAGAGCCCCUCCUGAGACAGCAGCCUGUUAUUUCCACUGCACCCCCCCACCCACCUCCUCUUUUUUUUUCUCUCCUUCUCUCCCUCUCCAGGGUGAAGGAAAGAGUGAGGAGUGAGGGACGGAUAGAAGCAGGAGAGAGGUGUUGUUCAGACCAGAAGGGGCCUCUGAAAGUGUUGCAUAGAAACAGUGAGUGGACACACACAUACACACACCACAGGACAUUAAUACAGACAUACGCUUAAGGUGUAAGGGGUGAUUGAAGGGGUCAGCACGGCAGACACACACACACAACAUGCACAUGGAUGCACAUGAACAUUAGUGUCAUAGAGAAAAUAUUCAGCCCUGAAAACCACCCAAAAGUCAUUUUUCGAGUGCAGAAACACAUUCAGACACAUGCAGAAACAUUAGAGCCUACUGUACAACAUAAUUUCUCACACUCUAACCUUCUCACACAUUAAAAUACACACUCAGAGCGGGGCAGUCUGGAAACACUCUGUCAGGUGCAGUAAAGCGUGGCCUACAACUGUAAAGGGCAAGAACGAGUUUCCAGUGAUCAUACAGGGACAGUUGAUGCAUCAUGUUGUAAACAUACUGUACAUCAAAAUAGGGUCAAUAGGUUCGUUUCCAGCGGUGUGCUGCUUUUAGUUUUUCAAGUUCUGCAGUGAACACAAAAGUGAAUCCAACUGGGAAUGUUUUAAAAUGAAAUGAAAAGUUAUGUACUGAUAAAACCAACAUGCAAAAGUGUGCAGCAGAAACAGACUCAGCACACGCUUUCAAUGUACAUUUGACCUAAAACCGGGAACAGUGUGGACCCUUUACACUCUGUAUGGGCCCUCCAUUCUCAUAAGUGAGUCCCUCUUGCUUGAUGACUCUGUGUGCUCAGUCCCUUUUACACAAAAUCUGAUCCCCACACCCCCCGGUGAACUUCUUCUGUGUGCGAAGUUGUGUGAAACAGCCUCAAUUCGAACAUAAACCAAACCUUACUAACAGUAACUUCUGAUGUCGAGGCCAAAGCAGUAGUGCCAAAUACUGCAGUUCCUUAAGUGUCCACUUGAGGGUGGCUCCAACAGGCCACUAGGUCCCAUUAACACCCGUGUUUAAUGCUGCGUUCCAGUUGUACUCGGAAGGCGGGAUUUCCGAAUUCACCCGGAACGCCCCCCCAAAGUCAGAUUUUCGAUUCAGGAAGUUGGAUGAUCCUCACCAACCCUAGCUUGACGACAAUGUCAUAUAUCAAGAUGGCAGCGCAGUGAAUCGACAGUAAAAAGUGACAGUAAAGCUCUCGUAAUGUAUUAUUUAUUAGCACUUCUGUUUUGUUUUUGUGAAAUUAAAUAAGUGGUAUAUGUUGUACUGCCCAAUGUCUAAAUGUGAACACGGUGCUAUGGUGUUUGUAAGAGUAAAAUACUGUGUUGUGUGUUGUUAACAACUGGUAUCGCUAACAACAGCUCACAAUCGCUAACAACGACUGACAGCAGCCAAUGACAGCAGACAACAGGUAACUGUAGGUGUCUACCUUGGUUUUCCCACUUGUUUACUGGAUCGCCGUCAACAGGGUGUAACGUCAUUUCCUGCUCCGACUUCUGAGGUAACUGGAAUGCAGCACAAGUUCCACCAUGAACAACAAAAUAAAAUUUGUUGAAAAUCUGGUGUAAAAAUUAUGUGGCCCAGAUUUCUUUUCAGUCAAAUUUUACUUCUUAGAACUCGACUGACACGAGGGCACAUUGUGGCUGAUAGCCAGGAAGCUAAAGGACUGCCUCACCUCCACGUCUUUGUUUCUUGCUAGUUUGACCCAAAGUUAAGUUGAGUCAACAUUUCCAAAUCGGUAAAAACCAUCGUUGGGCUUCAAAACUCUGUUUCAAAAACCAUUGGAUGAAGUCACAAAGAUCACGUUUAGGUUUUAAGUCUACGGUCAUACUUGUGCUUUUCUGAUAGUGUUGCCCUGGUAUACCCUUUUCUUCGGCAACAUUAUAAUUAAUUGGAGCUGACUUGAAGUUCAGCGCCAUGUGCGGCCGACCGAAAUGAAACCACCAAGAUACACACAAUACUAAUGGAUGGUAAAUUGGGUAUAUUUUAAUGGUUUUCUGAGAUUGUAAAGAUUUUUGCCAUACUUGGAUUGGGAUACAUAAAGUCACUAACAAAGGGAGAGAGGUAGAGACCAGCAAGAGGGAAGAAAGCGUUUUUUGAGUCUGGGUGUGAGAUUAGGAGACCCUCAUUCACAGACAUACACUCAUGCUGUGGUUAGAAAAUAAUUAGUGGUGGGCCUUGUAUGGGCACACUCGCACACUCAUACACAUAUACACACAGAGUUGCCAGUCCAGUGGUGGGCCUACACAGACAAACAAACACCCUCCAAAUGAUGAGGGCCCGUUGGCAGUUAGUGGGUGGUGGACUUGUUGUGGUUAGAAGGGGUCAUACUCUGUUUUCUUGGGUCAACAGUAGAGAAGAAAAGCCUGGUGAGGAGGAGCGAAGGAGCAGAAGGAGAGGAAAUAGAUGAGUGCGGUUGGAUGUAGGGAGAUAUUGACACACUCGCUCUUUUUAAUUUCCCACAUCAAAGGGCCGUUUGAAGACACAGCUGGGGAGAGAAGAAAAGAAAAAGUGAAGUUAGUCACUCUCCCUCAUUCCCUCUCUGGGCUGCGUCUCAUGAUGGGGGUCUCCUGGGUGGUUCUGAGGCACACAGUCUUCUGUUAGGCCAUCCGCCAGCACUGAUCACUCACACACUAUGACACCGAGUGGGUGCCCUUUAAGUGUGUGUGUGUAUAUGUGUGUGUGUCUGUGGAAAUGUGUAUGUGAAAGUGCAGGGAUGUCAGUGGGAAAAGUAAAAAGGGUUAUGCAUCUCUGUUUAGACUUUUGUUUUUGUGUGUGAGAGAGAAAACACAACGGCGGCGGCGCAUGCUUGUUGGAAAAGGGGGAAUCCAGGGUUUGUGUAAAUGGGUGUGCAUACAGUAUAUGUGUGUAAUUAUGGGUAUGUGGUGGUAUAAGUGCGGUGUCUGUAUACCGUGCAUGAGCAUCAGUGUUUGUGUGCGUGUCUGCUUGUGUGUGUGUGUUUGUGUGUGGCCUUCAUAUGCUACCCAUUACAUCACCAAUCUGUGUAAACCACCAUAGGAGGAGAAACAGAGUGAGACACUCAGACUACAACCUCAAAGACAUCAGAGAGGAAGGGGAACCUGUGACAGGGCCUGCCAGGCCCCACUGCCAGACAAACUUUACUCACACAAGCUACACUCAAUUUCUUCAUGCUUUACACUGGGUUUCCUGUGUGCCAUGGCAUGUAUUCACACAUUAUUACGCCGGCUUUAAAACAUCUGAAUGCCUCACAGUCUUUGCUCACCUUCUGCUGGGUUCUUAAUCCAAACAGUUGUGCAAGCCAAAUGGUAUUUGCCAAAGGCACUCAGGAAACUCCUAUUUAACCAAAUCCAUGUUGAAUAUCAGCGUAUUCUUCUUGUCCGUUUUUUUAUUUGACAGGGAAGUGCUCAAGCAAGGAUAGUUGUUCAUACAUCCAAGGCUUUUGUUACCUUUGUGUGAUUAGGGUUAUCGUCAGAUUAUGAGAACAAACGAGUCUGUUCCGGUUAUGUGGAGUUUCCCAAAAGUGUUUGUCUACGGGUGUUAUUAACCAUGUUCAGGUAAAUCAUAAAGUAGUCUUGUGGAUUUUAGGGUUAAGUCCCGUGUUCUGAUUACCUCAGUGCCUACAGUGCAAACAGUGCAGAGGCUGGCCAUGACGCAACGCUACUCCGAUGGUAAAAAGGAUUAUGGGAGGAGGAAUAGUAAUAAAUUCAUCAUUUUUGUGCUGCAUCCUUAUUUCCUCCUGGGGAUUCCAAAGGGGCUUAAAUAAACAAAUGUUACGAUUACUCUCAAAGGGAAACCAGAAGUCCGGCCUUUUACUGUUAAUAUUUACUCUCCUAUAACAGGACACUUUUAAGUUUCCCCAUGACCUUCUCCACCUCCUGUCUUCUUCCUCUCUACUUCGUCACUCUGCCCCUCUUUCAUUCUCUCCAGCUCACUGCCAAGUGCGUGAUUCUGGCGGGGUAUCCUAUCUGGGGAAUCGUCAUGGUGAUCUACCUCAACUUGUUACUCGUCGCCAUCGGACCCCCCCCCUUGUUCCCUCCUCCUGCUUCUUACUUAAACCUACGUCAGAGAACGAGUGAGUGUGUUAAUAGUUCAGGGGGUCGGGAGAGAGAAAUAGUGACACACAGGAGGGGGGCUGCAAUCAUUGGGCCAUAAAGUGACGUCUCAGCCUCUCUCUUUUUCUCACUGUCAGUGAUCAGUGUUCGAGAACUCUUGUCCUCUUUUGAAUAGAUAUAUGACAUGAGACCCUCCUCCUAAGCCUCCCCUCCUUGAGAUUCUUUUCUCAAGAAAACUCCCCACGGACGUGAUCUGCAAAUUAUGCGUGCCAAUUGCUUGCUUCCUUUUUUUUCAUGGGAGCUGGCCACUGGGGGUAGAUAUGGCUGUUGCGCAUCUGUUGCUUUGCCUUUUUUAUUAGACUAUUAAAAGGAGACAUUAACCAGCAUCAUUAUUGCAGGUUUCCUCCACUGGCUCAGCUCACAGUGCAGCACAGAGGGCAGGAUGCAGGGAUGAAAGGGAGAGCAUGAGACAAACGGCUCUCCCUGCAGAAACUGUGGGAGCAAAAUCUUUCAAUCAGCUCUCUAUUAAACACACAUUUACAAGGCUCAUUUUGUUUAAAAGCUAUACUCCGUGCUAAAACACAGUGUACGUGCGUGUACACAUAUGUGUAUGUGCGUGCAUGUGAGUCAGCCGAAACUCCGGCCGUCGCUGACUCUGUAUUGCUCACCUGCUCACGUUUCCUCUCACUCUCACUGCGCCCGAAAAGUUUUACAUCUGCCAGUGAGGAAAUCUGUGAAUGAACUGGUUGAAGCAAUAGGUCACAGACAGAGUGUGAGAAGGAGAAGAGGAAGGAGGAGGGAGGGUGGGGGGGGUACACCGGGAAGCAAGCAACCCACGCAAGAGGAACUUUUUACUGUGCAAACACUCUUUCCAUCUCCCCUGCUUGCUCCCUCCAUCUCAGACUGGUGUUAAUACACUGGAGAGCCCAGGCCUGUCUCAGAGCUCCCGCUCUCUCCUCCGGUUCUCCCCCCGUACUCCUCUCACCGCCAUUCUCAGUCGCCCUAAACAUUCUUUCCUCCCUUGUCAUUGCGUGUCCUGUCUGCAUCCCUCUUUCUCCGUCCUCAUCUCUUCCUCAUUUCGAAGUGCUUCCUCUCAGCUCCCUCUUACUUUCUCUUUUACACACACUCUUUUGCUUCAACUUCACAUCCCACACUGCCUGUGCUCUUUUUUUCCCCCCGUUUGCAGUCUGGUGCACGGGAGGAUCAAUGAAAUGUAAACAGUAUAAGUUUUCAACAAUCAAAGUGAAUGUGCGGCUGACUCCCAGCUGCGAUAUCUCUUUGCUACACGACUAAAAAGUGGAAAGUCGAAAUGAGGUUCCUCUUUUUGAUGCAUUCCACAGCAUGUAGGAUAGUUAUCCUGGAGACAUUACUUGUGCAUUUUUUUCCCUUUUGUUCGCCUUGUCCCGUUUCUGUGGUGAGCUACUACGUUUGUGUUUCUGUGUUUGUCUUUGAGUGAUGUAUACUGUAUCAGAGCUGACCGCUACUUGCCGGCGCGCCUCACGCCUGCGUCAGCCAAAUACUGAGCCUGUUGUCGUGUUAUUCUACGGAAGCUGAGAGUUGCUGACAAACUCAGGGGAAACCGGGAAGGAGGGGGGCUUACUGUGUGUAGUUGCGUGUGUUUGUGUGUGUAAGAGGGCAGCGGGGACUGGAGAGACGACGGGAAAAAAAGAGUAAGGGGAGAGGGAAGACAAAAGGAAGAGGACUUGUGUGACGUCGCAGUUUGUCCUACAGAGUGACUUUGUCAAUAUGAAGUGACCUCAGUCACAUGAAAGAAGGGGGAAGGGGGGGUGGGACAGAUGAACACACACACACAGUGACUCAAAGAAACAUACAUGUGCUUACGUCUAUCCACUCAAGCUUUAGACAGUUCACUUUAGCAUUUAAAACAAUUUAUAACCCACUGCCCCCUUUAACCUGACAUGGCCUGGCUGCUUCUGUCAACGCUGACGCACAUCAGGCCUCUCAAUCACUUGCCUUUCAUUAAAUUAACGCUUGUUACACGCUGACACUCAUAAAUCAACCACCCACAACAAUGAUAGCAGAUAACACAACUUAUAACAGAGCACACAAGCAGCUGUAUUGAUUCUACCACCAUUUAACUGACCACUUCCUGUGCGUCAGCCAUGCAGAGUGUGUAAAUUUCAUCCUAACUACGAGCAAACAAGGGAAAGGAAAUUUCAUAUCCGUGCGCUAUCACUAUUUAUGUUUUGAAAUACCAUCCGGACAGGGGCUGGGAAGCGCGGGACAACAGAUUGGAGGCAGAGUGCGUGUAAAAUAUGUUUGGAAAUCAAAAAGGGCUUCUCUCCACAUUCAGUGGGCUGUGCUUUGACCGCACAGGGAGGGGAGGCAUACUUCAAGUUCACUGAAAUGUCAACUUUGGUUUGAAGUGACUCUGAAAACAUGGCACAGAAGAUACACUGUCUUCUUUUUUGGGAAUGAAAUUUUGCACAGAUGUCAUAUCGCAGUUUGCUUUUCACGCAUUCUCCUGUGGAAAGAAAACAUUUUACCGUAACUGUUUACAUAAACUGCGAACCAUCUAUCCCUCAUUCCUCUCAGACUUACUAUCUUAUCUCUGCAGUAUUGAAAGACAGAUAUGGAAGUAAUGUGUUUGCGUGCAUUCUUCCUAACCACCAUUAUCAUUAUCUCCCGCUGACAAGACUAAAUGUGACAGCCAUCUUUUCCUUGUACAUCUGCACAACCUGUCACAACCCCGGCCUCUGUUUUAUUUUCUUGACCUUUGUUCAUUGUGGGAAUUUACAAAGCCUUUGUUUAGUGCACAGUUAGAAGACCACCUUUUUCCUUGAAGGGCUCUGACUAAGAGGAAUGACAUGAAAGUUAUUCUAAUCUCUCUAUUCUUAUGCCCAAUGUUUAUGUGCACUUUGACCCUGUGCUGUUCCCAAUUAGCCACAAAGUACUCAGAUGGGAGAUAUUUAAAUGCCUAACAUGUCUUCUUUUAUCAAUAACAGUCUGUGAGUCAAGGUCUUAGAAAUGAAAGCUAUCCAGAAUUUUCUAUUUUUGGCACCAAGUUCACACACAUAAACCAUCAGGCCCCGGCACCAUUGCCUUUAAUAGUCCGCCCCUCUCCUUUUUCUCCCUGACUCCUCAUCCUCUCGCUGUUCAUCAAUCACAUCAUGCAUUCACAUCAGAAGAUCCCCGCCACCGGUUGUCUAAAUGGUGUAAGUCGGUCCAAGUGUCUGCCUAGUAUUACAGACGCCCUCGCGUUUGGCUGGACCCCCGGUAGUGCCAGGAAGCAUGCCAGGAAUGCAAAGAAUGGCCCAGUGAAUGAUAAGAAGGAAAUUUCCCGCAGCAGACUGGACUGAAAGCCUAGAAACAACAGCCACAUGGACAAUUACCGGGGACCAAUGAAAGCAAUGACGACAAAGCCUAGGAUAGGAGGAGAUGAAACAGGAUGCCUGAGCAGUCAUAGGUCUCACAGUGGCUAUUCCAAAGAACUGAGAGAGAUGGCGUGAAUGGGAUGGUGACAAAUGAAAACAAAUGAGAAACAAAACAAUUGAAUGAGGUGGUACUAGAUUAGUUAAUUACAUUGGAAAUGUGGAAAAUUAGCCAAAGGACUGUAUUCACCCAUUAGUCACGUAAUGCCAAAGCUUAGAUAUUGCUGUGGUGUCGUUGAGCUCUGGCCAAAGUUGUAAAUCAAAUCAUUUUAUUUUGUUGCAUGGUAAGCAUGAAAGACUCAACAUCUUGAAUUGAGUAUUUAACCAUCACCUUACUUAGUAUAGUGACAUAGAGAUGCAAGCCUUUCUUAUCAUUUCAUGUCGCACUUUCCAAAGGUCCAUCAAUCCAUCCAUCUAUUCAUCCAUUGUCUUCUGUUUUUUGGGCUGGGCUAUUGUGGCAGCUAAGCAAGUCAACCUUCUCAUUUCCUGGCGAUGUUCCCAAGCUGGUGUGCUCUGUGGUCUUCAGGUGCUUGGACCACUUCAACUAGCUCCUCUUAAGAAGAAGUAGCCACCUUUUGGGAAGAAACUCUUGACCAUUGAAAAGUUGGGCAGUGUAAACAGAUUGAUCAGAAGCUUUAACCCCUGGCUUGGUGGCCUCUCCAUCUCCUCCCAGAGAUGUGAAGUCAAAAUACCGCUUUGAUGGUAGCUGAUAUUUUGCACCGUUUAAGCCAAGGUAUCUGCAAGCGAUCUGGUAGGUGGAGCCACCAGACACAAGUCACUGUCGAUCUGAUAGUCCCAACACACAUUUGACUAACCAAUAAAACACACAGAGAUGGUUUCAUUCUCUGAUCAGUUUUGUGCUUCAGAGUACUUUCAUGUGAUUUCAAGUCAGAAACAAGCAUGUAUAAGACGUCUGCCAAUAGAAUACAAUAAGAAUGAGUGUGUACACGCCUGUUCGAUUGAAAAACAAAAGGGAUACACACCCAUUUUUUUCCAGAAAAAUUGAAUCUGCAGUUUAUUCUGAUUGGUUCUGAUGAGUCACUUAAUUCCAAUUGGGCAAUUUUUCCAGUUUUAAUCUGAGUAGAAGUGGUCAUGUAAACCCGACUAAUGAUGGUUAGGGAAAGUUUAAUGACUCAUGUCAAUGUUCGUUUCGUUUUCUCUCAUUAUACCUUCGGUUCUCUGCCAAGUGAAUGAAGAAGCCCACAUUUUUCAACAAGGCUGUCAGUCGGUCAUCAAUAUAAGAUGACUGACUUAUAUCUUAGAAAGCAGUCUUCUGUUUUCUGUCAGAGAACCGUGGCCUGUGACUUACAGGUCCUGACUCUUAUCUGGAGCUUUAUGGGUCCACCACCUGCAGGAAUAGGUUGGGUGUGUUGUGAACAGGGGCUUUGGGUUGCCAAUCCCUGCUAUUGUGACUUUCAAAAGGUCAUGUUUUUAGCCGCUACCACAAUGUUAGACAUUUCCUAGAUGAUUACAUCAACAAGGAAAGGCUUUAGGUUAACAUUAGCUUGUGUAUGAUGUUCGCUAAGGGAGUUAUCGAAUAUUUGGUUGUAACUGGUACAGCCCAAAAUCCUUCUGCAUUGUACUUUAUGUUGCUAAACAGUCUUGAAGUUGUCCAUUUUCAUGAGUUCAUACAGCUUUCAAGCCUAAAAAUAAAACACUAACAGCAUUUGGGCUUCCCGCCCUGAGCAUGAUGUCAUAGGAAAAUGGCCGCCAUGUGAUUAUGGUAAAUGACAAGUGAUAGAGCAGAGAUUAGGACAAACAAAGUGAUGCCAUAGACGAGAACAACAGAGAUAGCAAAGGUAAAGACGUAAGACAGGUUAUCGCUCAUCGAAAGGGUGUUGGAGAGAGAAUGAGGGCCAACACAUGGACAGGAAGGAGGCACAGAGAUAGAGGCUCGUCAGAGGAAAGACAAACCUUUUUAAUCAGUGGGGUGACACUAAGUGGAAAGAAGAGGUCAAGCGCACAUGCUUCACAGGCAUACAUCUUGCCGUGGGUUUGAAUGACAGCACUUCUUCAUGACUCUCUGACCUGGCUUUUCACUGUCUCCCACACUGUGCCAUCUGCAAAGCCUUUCAAGUUCACAAUGAAUGGUGAAUGCCGCGUUGCCAAACCCUGAUCCAGAUUAGCUUCACCUGCGUAGUGACCUACUAAAUCUGACUUUACAUCACUGUCUACUCACAAGUCGAGUCUACAUUGAAUUUGUCUGGCUGUUGCUGAUUCGGGGGCAGCACGUGGAUAAUUGUUUUUGAGCUCACAAAUUGCACUUAAGGGGAUUGGAUUACAUACCACCGGGGUAGUUUCCCGGUCUUGUUUCCUUGUUUCCCCUGGAUUACAUCAGAGUUUAGACUCCUUCAUUUGUGAGUAAGCACAUACCUCAAAGUCACAAGGGGGGCACAAACAUGCCUAAUGUGUUACAACAGAGAGAUGGAUAGUCUAUGAGGGGGGCAGGAAAUGUAAACAGUCCAUCCUGUACAGGUUUUUUUAUUCAUCUUCAGUGGAAAGAUAUGAGGUGUAAAGAGUGUUUCAUAGUGCUCCGGUUUCUUUCAUGCAUGCUGGUGUGUGCAUGUGUGCUCAUUUUUUCUAUCUGACUAAGCUGUUCUCUAUUCUGGUCGUAAAUAAUAACCAACCUGGAAGGAAAAGAAACAUUAUCUGUAUAAAACUCCCUAAGGUGUCUUGUCUUUUAUGACAACCACUCAUAGAGAUUGGCCAAUCCAAACAACAAAAUUGCGUCGAAUAAAAAAAAUGCCCCGACCGCAAUUUGGGUUUCUUCUCUUGAGAAAUGACGCACCAGCUGAUAUUCAAAGUAAAAAGCAUUCUCGCAUGACAUUGCAAGUCCUGUAAGCCACUGAUCGCUGACUUUCCUGGGUCAGAUCAACAUUGUUAAAGCUGGGAAGUAGACAGUAAGCAGAGACUGGUGUAAGGAGGGGUUAUAAAGGAGACCUAAUGUGCUCUUUAUGGCGUGGUUGUACCGAAGAAAUGGUGAUCAGAAGUGGUUCCAGAAACACGGACUCUUCUGCCUCUCUUGUUCACUCAGAUCAAAGUCUGGUGUAAUGACUUUGAUUGUUCUGAAACAGCUGACACAAGGCAGAUAGGUGGGUGUGUGAGUUUUGAGGUGAGGCAGUAAAAGGCGCGGACAAACUAGGAGAGGUAACUGUUUUUUGGUAACUCCAUUAAAACGAACCCCUGGGAGGUUUGGACGACUGACAGCUGAGGUGGAGUCUGGGGCAGCCAAGCAGGAGGGAGAGUGUUUUCAUGUGUUUAUGUGUGUGUUUUCCUUCACUACUGGGACUUAUAUAUAUGGCUGCAGGGUUGUCUCUCAGAUCUGCAGCUGAGUGUGACGGGGGUUCACUCAGGGGUAUAGGAACAGGGCCUGGGGACGACCUGCAGAACACCCCCGAUAUCCUCUAGGGAGCAAUGCUUUUGAGGUGUGCUCCCCCCGCCACCCUUCACCUCCAAUGUGCCGAAUCAGUGGAAGGCAGAAAGCCACAGAGUAUCCCUGACACUAAUAUGGAAAAAAGCCUGUUUGGAGCGAAUAUAAGGGCAAAUAUUAUUCUUCCUGAGCGUAACCACGGCGAGCACCUCUGACCUGGCAGUGAAAGUGCUGAAACAAAAAGCCCAAAGACUUUUUCAGCUCCAUCAAAGGAGAGCUGCAUAAAAUAAACAUGGCCAUCAGAUUACCACGCUGAACACGGGGCCGGGUUAGCCCGCGCCGGCCGCCCUGCCGCCCAACCCCAUAGCUCUAUGGGAGUUAAGUGUGGGGUCCGCUCAGUCAACACCAUGACGCAAAAUGGAACAAGCCUCUGACAGAAGCCCCAGGCUGAUGGAAUAAGGCCCCUACCCACAGGCCCACAGGCCCCCUGGCCCGAGAGAAACAUACUGAGCGAGAACGAGAGCAGGGCAGGAAAACAGGAGGAAAGAAGAGGAAAGAAGGCAAAAGGUAGAUGAGGGCAUUUUGGAAAAUAGGAAAAGACCACCGGUUCCAAAUUGGUGGCACUGGCCAGAUCCAAAAUUGAAAAGUACACACAUACAGUAAAUGCACUGCUACCCCAGACAACCAGCAUCUGCAGGCCAGGACAGACAGCCGCCAGUGGAGAGGAGGCCGAGGCAGGGCAAGGCAAGGGUACAGUGGUUGGUGGUGAUGGUUGUAGCUGCCAGUGAGACUGCGAGGCUCAGCCGACUAGUCCCUUUAACAGUGGACAGCCUCAGCCCUGUGGAUCUGACCUCACAGGGGUCCUUUUAGAUCUCUGCGUGUGCUCGCCUACGUUCAUGUGUACGUGCAUGCAUGGGUAUUACUGUGUGUAUUUCAUGUUCAGGUGACGUAACCAGGAGAAAACAGAUCUGCCCCUUGAGAAGGACCAAGGCUUUUCUCUUGGCCUUUACUUUACUCCUUGCAGUGAAACUCCACCGUAUGUUUCAUCUACCUCAAGUCGUCAGCCACAGUCUGUCAUCUGUCUGCUUUUGACUGAUUUCCUUCCCGGCACCUCUGACCUUCUAGUGACUUGACUCAAACCUCACGUGGAUUCCUACUCCCCCAGUCUGUCUUUUUUGUCUGUCUGUGACCUAACAGAGAUUCCCCUGAUCCCUUGUUUCCUUCCGACGCCAGAAGCCAUGCACAAUAUUCCACUCUCACUUUGUGACAGACUGAAGCUGACUCUUUGGUGACUGUGUCUCACACGGCCAAGUCUUUAAAUAUUUUCAGUCUGAGACCCAAAAUUGCUCCCCUUGCCAUGUGAGACCAGAAUGACGAAAACAAAUGGAGGUCCCCACUGGCAAGAGAAACCAGAUCCAGUAAUAUUUGGCAAUGAUGACUCCAUUGCACUUAAAUCCUCACAGUUUCCUCUCCGGUUUCCUGAUAAAACAUGUUUCCCAACCUUCUUCAGCUGCCUUACAGUCAUGGUAUUCUUCCUUUUGCCCUGACGUAUGACUUGAAAACCCUCCUUUUACUGCUGGGCUUUAAGAUGACGCAGGGCCCAGGUAAAGUGUUACCAGAUAACAAAUAGAAACUGAAGGCACGCCAAGCUGAAGCUGUUAGUGUUAAGUACAGGAGCCAUGAGCCUUUUCUGGUUCCUGAAAAUGACUCCUGUGUGUAACAACAAUGAACACAAUCACUGUGGUCCACUGGGCCUCGCACCAGCAGCAUUGCAUUACCGCGUUCGCCUCCCUACUGUUCUCCUUUUCUUUUCAUCCUCCUCUCUUUUCUCCUCUGACUCAGCUGUUUUGUAGGAAACUCCGUCUCUUUGAAGAAGGGAAGAAUCUUUCAUUACUCGACAGCAGGGGGAGAGCAGGAGAUGAUAGGGAGAGAAUAACUGCCCCAUUGUCUUCACGCACACCCCCUCCAUCCACCAAUGAUAAUUGUGUCGAGCUAAUUACAGAGAGCUGCUACAACAGGUGUGGGACUCUGCACCUGGGUAAAGGAGUCUUCUGAGUGCAUACAUGUGUGGGACGGAGAGAGACUGCGUGUAUGACUGCACACUCCUGGGUGAAAGUGUGUAUGACAGUUCGUCUGUGACAGUGAGCGAGAUCACAGAGACGCUUGUGUGUGUCACACGCUUACUAAACCUUACAUGUUACUUAAUAGCACUCAUACAUUGGUCACUGUAUUGUAUACACUGACUACUGUAAAUCACACAAUCAGCAUGGACCUACGGUAUACCAGUCUGAACCCCAUCUGUGUUUAAUUAUAAACACACAGACUACAUCUGUUUGACGUUACUGGAAAGUUGAAAUUAGCACACAAACACAGUCUCACUCUCACUCAUACACCACAAUGAAUUUCAAAUGAGAGUGAUUACAAUCACUUAAUUGAUAAAUGUAACCACAGGGAGCCUCCUCUCAUGAUUCAUAAUCUAUAAGUGGUCUUUCUCAAUAGCAUGUUUUUUGAUGUCAGUACAGUAAGAAAUUAGGGAGACAGAACCAGAGGGGGCAGAGAUGAUGAAGUAAGCAGGGGUCUCUCAUGGGACUGAUGUUUUCUGAGCUUUUUACCGUAAAGGAUUUCAUCCAAGAAGCUGACCGUAACAAAGGAAGCCAUUUGGCUGAUCGCCAAGGGAGGAGCAUGAGAACUGAAGUUUUCAGAGACGUCAUAGAGCUUCACUCUCAAAACAAAGAAAGUGGGGAACAGUUUACUAGAGAUGUCUGGCUGACUAGACAGUGAAAUCGACUGGAUAUUACAUGAUUUGUGUCGGUUCAAGUUCAAGUUCAGCGGUUACUCACUCCUGUUGAUGAUAUCACCUGUCUACUGUCUGUUCAUGACAGCCUCUUGCUAAUUUAUGCCUAAUGAGCUGGACAUUUUAUAUGGCUGGGAUUGUACCACAUACGUUGAACAGGAAAGCCUCCCAAUCAGACCACUGAGUGUGUCACAUUAUCCUACGGGAAAUUAAAUCCUCCCCUUUAUGACCGCUUACCUUUGUAAAGGUAACCUUUGUGUAUGGCCGACUGACGGUCACGGUGUUAUUUCUCUCUUGAGUCAUGCCCAUUUUGAAAAACUUCCUUAUUAACACAGGAAAUGAGACUGUGUCUUUGGAGGAGAUUGCAUGGUAAGUAUGUGAUCCCCCCUUUAGUCAAGCAAUUUUACCUGCACACUCACCAUCUAACGUCAGAGGGGAAUGAGUCCUGCAUCGCCACCUUGUGGUAUAUUCCUUUGGUGUUAAACUUGGAGUGAGUGCCAAACCUCAGGGGCCCUGCUGUGGGGAAUAAGCUUGUCAAAGAUCAAACAGACACUGCAGGUCUUUCAGACUAGACUUCAGAGUUUUAUUUCAAAUGAGUAGUCGAAAAACAUACAUGAAAGACUAGUAAAAGUCACAUAAGUCCACUGAAGACUCUGUGACAUGGACAUAAGGCUUUACUCCCUGCGUAAAAAAUAAGUAUAAUGACACACCAAUAUAUCUAAUGAGUAAAUGAACUGAUAUGUAAAUAUCAUAAAAGAACAACCAGACAACAAAAUACCAAAAACAAAUCCAGUAUGCAGUUGGUUUCUUGUUCCUGGUGCUAUUCUUUUUACUUUUACUAGACAUCCUAAGAGAGACAAAUAUGGGCUUCUUCAAAGUCGAGUCCUCUGAUUGGCAGGGAGCUCAUCCUGGUCAAGUCCCCACAGGUAGGUGCGAAGACGUGUCACCUCUUUUUGGAGCUCAGGGCUGGGGAUUGGCUGAGAGAGGUCAAGGCGCGGGGUCUCAUUGGGCAGGAUUAGAGGAGGAUGAUCCAGAAAGCUCUCAAAGAUGUCUGAAGAUCCAACGAUAAAAGUAAAGAGAUUGACUUCAGUAUUCAAAGCCACACUUCCAUUGUUACAUUCUUACACGUUUUAGUUUUCAAAUGUAUUACCUCCACUCAGCUCUGUGCCUGGCAGAGGGGCCCAAGAAGCUGGUGGGGCUCUGGUUGGACCCAGUUUGUAAUGAGUGAGCAGGUGGUGCAACUGGGAGGGGCUCAGCAGGGCAUGGUCCUCUUGUAGGCUUGUCCAGGACGACUUGAAGAUGAGACAUCAGUAAAAAUUUAAAAAAUGUAAACAGGUUUGUGUAAGGGCUAAGAAAACGCAGCUCAUGUAGCUAUGUUACCUGGAUAAGUCGAGUCUUGGGAAUGCAAAGGAAGUUGACAGUGAUCGACAGUUUCUUCAUAAACUCAGAGGCUAUGUCGCCUAAUCCUGCACCCUGUAGCCAGUCCAGAACAAGGUCCAAGUUUGUACGGAUCUGGACCGCUCUGGACCAUGAAAACAACCCGUCUAAAGAGAAAAGAAAGUAUGUAAUUGGUUUUGGAAAAAUCUCACAUUUUAAACAGUCAGCAGUUUUUGACCUCUAAAGUGAUACCGGCUAAAUUUAGUUAGGACCAAAGCAGAACCAAGAAUUUGCUUCAGCGGGUAAAGGUUGUAAUGGUUGGUGAAAAUCGCACUCAUCAAGUUUAAUAUGUUCAAGAGUUUGUACCCACUGCCAUGCAGCCUAGCUAACCAUCAGCUGCAUUUGUAGCUUUACUUCUUUAAUCAUGUAUACCUGCGUGGACUGUAGUUAACUGCUGGUUGUAUCAGUUAAAAGCAUUUCUGGUGAGCUCCUGUUGUUUUCAAAAGUACUUAACUUCACUAAUGAGAAAAACAACACUGAUUAACAUCUCCGACUUAAAACUAUUGGGUAUCCACCCUCACCUCUCUCCAGCAGAGUAUUUAGCAGGGAGGUGUUGGUGAAGAAGAAGAGGUAGCCAAAGGUUUGCGAGGUGAGCGGCGGUGACAAACAAGCCUCCCGUGACAGCAUCAGGGAACAGCGAUACACUUCCACCAGUCCAGCAACUCUGGGUGGUAAGGCAGAGAUGUCGUCCACCUCUUCACUUCCUCCUUUUUUCUCUUCACCUUCUGCAUCCCGAGCCCCAUCCUUCUCCUUCUCCUCGCUGGAGAACGGGUUGGUGUCAAGGAGAGCUGGAAGGAGCGAGUAGAGUGUCUAUGUGGAGAGAAAGGAUAAAAACAUGAGUAAAUACAAAAGUUGUAGAGCUGGAAUGAUUGAUGAAGAGUGAAGGGAUGAAAUUAGAUGGUUAACAAUAAUGUAGUGAAAUGAGGAAACACAGUGGGUUACAUUUUAAAGGUCCAAUACUAUCGUCACCACUAAAAUAUUACAGAUAUUGUGUGAUUUCCAAUGAAGUUCAUCGUCCCCAGAGAAUGGACCCUCUUGACUUAUGGGAUAAUCAAAACUAGGAUCUCAAAAAGGAGAUAAGAUAUCUGAGUUCAGCCUAAAAUGUCUGAUUUGUUAUGAUAGAUUGAAAUUUGGUAAACAUCUGUAACCUCCAGUAAACAUCGGAUGUAUUCUUUGUCUAAUGCCAAUGAGGAAUUCAAGAUAAAAUGCGAAAGAAAGAAAAGUAAAAUAAUACCUGAUGAACAUGCAGUUUAUAUGUUGUGUCCACUCGAUAGUUGUUGUGUCACAAGUAGGUUUAAUAACUCUUAAGUGUGUCUGUUUUUAUGACAGGAUAAAAUAACACUUAAUUGAACCCCAGACGGGAAAUUCUGAUAUUUCAGCAAAACAGACAUGGCAAGCAAGAACGCAUAUGUCACUCUGGAUGACACAAAUUAGUGUUUGGUGUUGGAUGGCACUAACGCAGUGGAUUUCCAAAGUGCCUUUUUUUAUGCACACUUGUUUCCAAGGAAGCAAAGCUCAAAAGAAAUGCAGGAGCUUCUCACAGCUGGAAAAAAUUUGAGUGAAUACUUAGUGGUUGUGAGAAAGCAGCGCAAACAUCUUGGAAAACAGAAAACAAAUGUAAUGAGCGUUUAAGAAAGACGUUUUAAUGUCUUCUAAAGAAGUUUCAUUUGCUGUGGUUUCUCAAAUUGGCAUUAAGACUGGCAUAUGGUGCCCCUUUAAAAGUGAAAUCUGUAGUUUUUUGUCAACUUUCUUCUCAAUUUGGACUUUUACGAAUGCAUCAUAUUGUAGGUGGUGUUAAUGACAGCACUUUCUUGUUUCAUACUGUACCUUUGUGAGGUGAUACACACACUGUUGAAAGGUGUGCAUAAUGACAUCAUCCAGCUGCGCCAGGGCUUCUGAGCAGGUGUCCAUGUCAGCUGUUAAAAGUGGAUCCCCUGGGGCUUUGAAGAAACAUCAGUAAGACAACAUAAAGUUUUUUCCGCUGACGUUUGUUGAAUGAAACUGAUGAAGUAGAACACUCAUCUUCUACUCCCAUAUAGGGAUAUUCCGGCGCAAAAUUGAUUUAGAGUCACACCACUCUACGCCGCUCUAUAGCCACAAAUAAUGCAGCUCAAGGAAGAACAUUUAUGAUCAUUUCCUUGAAGUAAUAAUCAUCAUAUUAAUCAUUUUGUACUGCAGACACGGUAGUUCUUCUGCCUUAGCGUCUUGGUCUGAUUGUAUUUCCAUGAAGAAAUGAUCAUAAAUGUUCUUCCUUGAGCUGUGUCACCCCGCUGUAGUCCGUAAUGGACUGACCUGAGGUCUCGCUUCAAACAAACGGCUGCUGGAAGAGAGUGGGUGAGUUGUGUUUAGUCUCUUUGGUGGCUAGUGCUGUGGCUAGGACCCUAUAUGUCCUGUUGAUGAAGUUAGGUGCUGUUCUGAGGAUUAUUUGUGGCUAUACAGUGGCGUUUUGGUUGAGGUUUGUGUGUGGCUCCUCAGACCGCUGUGUAUUGCUAUCCUGCGGUCGUUGCUAAAGUCAGUCAAAUUAGAGAAGCAAGCGGUUGGCAACAUUCAUCUCUCGAGGAGUUGUCUAACUCGGUGUUAUGGUGUGUUUGCCUCCAAAUUAAUUCUAAGCCAGAAUAUCCCUUUAAAUCAUCAUGAUCUUCAUCUAGAACCCUCUCUCACCUUCAAACUCCCACUCUUUUUCCAUGGCUUCAACUUUGACCUGGAAGAAGUUCAGGAGUUCUGUCGCAUUUGACAUCCAGAACAUCAGGGGUCGAAGGUCAGCUGAUAGUUUCUGAACGUUCGGCGUGCUUAUCUCACCUUCCUGCUCUGUGGAGCUGGAGACAUUUAUGUAAUGCCAAAGUUAUUUGAGCUGUAAAAGUUUUGUGAGCAUUCUCCUGUCAGCGUUCUGUUUGUGCUUUACUGAGGAAAUACACCAUACUGUGAGUAAAAAUAGACUGAGUUAUUGUUACUCAACUAUAUUUGAAACACUUUUCCACAUCCGUGUUAUAAUACUUCCAUCAUACUACAAAAAUUUACCAGAGACAUAACAGCACAGGCACAAAUGUAUCACAAAUCCUCCUGCAGGCAAUCUCUAAACAGAGGAAACAUGACGUCGAACAAAAAUGUUCUUACUUUUGCGUGGGAUGCUUAUCCCCAAAUUCCUUAAUGUUAUCCUGUAAAGAGAGUUGGAGACAGAAGAGAGGAGAGACAUCCCAGCUUAGUGUGGGGGUGGAUGAGGGGGAGCAGAGUCUCGCCCUGCAGCCAGGACAAUUACAGCACAUUUUCCAACAAGAGGGCGGUGACAUCAGCUCAUCCUCGCUCCUGUCCAUAACGUAGCAGGCCACAAUGAGGGGCAUAUGUCUGUCUAGCUGUCUGGUUUUCUGUUUGAAAGUUGCCACCAAAGUCUGCAUACCUGAUGUUUAUUUUUUUCUGCCAAGCUUGUUUAAUUGUAGUCACGGCCUUUAAAGUCUUUAAAGGUUCAGAGUUCAGAUAUGUUCAUGCCUCAUGGAUUGACCUACUUUUGUACCUCUGAGGGUAAUAUUUUUGUGCCUAACAUAGAAUAACAGGGAGCACCUUGUACAUUUUGAGCUGUUUUUCAACUUCAGUAGUAGGAUGACGGUUUCUGAAUGACUUUGGUGAUCAAACAAACUCACUCGCAUUUGUAGUUUUGAGUAAAAUGUUUUCUCAACUUUUGGAUAUUUUGCCAAAUUGUUCUGACAUUCAUUUUCCCAGACGGUUAAAAUCUUUGUAUAUAAUCUAUCACCAUUUCUGUAAUUCCACUUUGACAUAAGUGUUUAUAGCUUUGGUUUCAGACCAAAUACCUUUGAAAAUGUCUUCACCUCCUGCUGAACUUUUUAGCUGGUAUUUGGUGUGGACAGAUCAACCAGAGGGAUCUGAGACAUUUUACCAGCCAGUUAAAAGUAUAUUUAGGUUGGUGAAAGGGAUGUGACCCCAGCCCCAUUACUUCACCAGUCAGAUCGCUUCUACAUAAUAAUAUAUCAGCUCCCAUUCGGUCAUUUGUGACAGUUGUGGUUCAUUAUUGUCCCAGACCACCGGGCUAACACGAGGCCAAAAUUGAUUUUAUAUGAUAUCUGAGACCCUAAAGCUUUUCUUUUUACUCACCCAGACAAUUUCUUUAAUAAGAUUAGCUGAUUUGAGUAGUAUCUGUGGUGUAAGAGCUGGAUCCAGGUGUUUAGAGGCAUGAUCAAUCAUGAUUGAUAAGAGAUAUGCAGGGGCUAAAGGCCCACCUCCAGAGUCUGGAGAGGAAUUUUUGGAGAUAAUCUCCUGUGAGAAAAGAGAAGAAUAAACACAGUGUAAGGACAGUUUUCUAUUGAAAAGUAUAAGGGGCUUUUAUUUUUCAGUCUUCUGGGUUUACCUGUAACAGGGAAUCUGCAUGACGUGGAUGGAACUUGAGAACUGCCUCAGUAGAUCCCAGAUACGUCCUCAGUGCCUCCUGCCUGUCUACCAGCCCUGAAGGGCAGCAGGUGGUAGAGAUGUCAGUCUGCCAUGGCAGGGUCAAUGCCAGAGGUGGAGCCGGGCUCACACGUGGAUCACGGUACAGAAAAAGGAAGUGGUUCCCCAGUCCAAUUACAUCCCCGGGCUUUAGGACGGUCUCUCUGUAAAGGGCCAUUCCAUUGUGUGUGACCGCACCUCCUCUGAAGGGUCGCAUCAGAGCUAUAAGACAAUGAAUUAGAUAGACUGUGACACAGCAGGUGCACAAUGAAUCUGUGAGGAUAUGAUUCAGUUACUGUUUUUGUACCUUGUCCCGCAGGCGUCUCAGGAACAGCUGAAUCUCUCCUGACCAGUAAGUGUCUGGCCAAGAGGUCUGGAGCGGAGAGGAACGUGUCCACCUUCAGAGGCCUCUUCCCUUUCCUCUCCCUCUCUCUAUCCUUCUCUUUCUCCCUGAUCGUAGGCUUUCUUCCAAACACAUGGGUAUGUCCCGCCAUGAUGUACAAAACAAAAUCCUAAACACAACACACAGUGGAAGGCAGAGCAAAGUCAGGGAGGUCUGUUAUCUUAAAAGUGCUACAGUUUAUAUCAACUCCAAUCUUGGAGAUGUUAAGUUGAACGGAGGGCGGCCGAUAAGGAAUGAAGUGUGUCACAGUUUGCGACAAUGGAGACCUGUGUGAGGUCAUUGUGUGAGAUGAAGUGAUGUACUCAGAGGGGUUUUGUUGCUAUCGUUGGGUUAAUUGUUGCAGCAUUGUGCUGCUCUGGGGCUGUUUUGUGCAGGAUGCUGAAUGGGAGAGGCUUGUGGAGGGAUGGAAACCCUGAUGGUAUGUGGCGAUUACAGACAUGCAGGUAUGAUGUCAUGUGCAGGGUGUGUGCACACAUCCACGGCUGUACAAAUCCUCCAGCUAGAUGAAAUUUGUGCACAUUAGUGUGUAUGCACCUUCUGAACUAUGUAAAUAUCUGUGUGAGUCUGUUUAUGUCUGUGUUUAAAAUAGUCCACGGUAGUGUGGGUGAUGUUUAUGAGUAUUGGCCCUGCGAUAACAUCUGCCAGCAUGUCUUGCCUUGCUCUGAUCGUAACCCUGCAGCAACAGGAAGUAGGGUCGGUCCGUGGGUGGAAGGAUUAGACUUUGUGACAUCACUUCCAGGUCACAGCUGGAGUAAUCUCUCUCAUCCUCUGCGGGCUGGUUUGUCCAUCCAACCUUUCCUUCAGCUUUUGAAGCUCUUAUCUGAAAAAAAUGAGUCAACACAUGUUGGUUAGAACAAACUACGUAGACUUGAUUCAGUUUCUCUCCAUGUCCUGUUUUUACCUCCCCUGGCUGCGGGCUGAUCAUGCUCACGAUAUUCUUCCUGUCUUGAACCCCUGCAUUGUUGCCAGGCCGGUUUCCAGGACCACGUUGGUCUUUACUAACGUGGUUGCCCUGGCGACGCCGCAAACUCAAGUUCAUGUCACUGAUGCUCCUCCUGAGCUCUGUGUUUCUUCCACGAUGACCUCGUUCACUCUCCUCUGGUCCACCCCCUGAUGACAUCCUGCUCCGGCGCCAGCGCACACCUGUUAGCCAGACAAUCAGGUAUAGGGGAGAGUGGGGUAAGAUGAGCCAUUUUUCAUAUUUGGGAUCACUACAUCAAGGCAAUCAUAGUUUUGUCUCUAACUAGUGUAUCUGCAGAUAUUUCAAGAUGUUGUGCAUCCCCGCAAACCAACAGAAUGAGUGUAAACAUAACUGUCUUGAUAAUAUAGCAUGUAAAAAAAGUGGUCUCCUAUGGUCAACUGACCCUGUGUAUGGGGUAGGUUGACCAUAGGAGCGGGGUAAGUUGAGCCGUAUCCCUGAAUUGAUGCCCAUCUCCUAAAUAUUUGGUCACAUGAUCAAUUUCUUUUACCAUUUUCCAAGUUACAGGGGGUGGCUCAACUUACCCUUUGGCUCAACUUGCCCCACUCUCCCCUAUUUUCAAUCAUGUAUGAAAUUGUUAACCUUCCUGCCUGUUGAGUCUUUCAGUACCUUGAUAGUUCUCUCCCUCCCUCUCACGCUCUCUCUCCCUCUCCAACUCCUCUCUCUCAUAGUCCUCCUUCCUUUGGAUUUCAAAGCGCCGCUCGAAUCCAUCCUUUGGCCGCCACAUGUCCACUAACAACAGGGGACACUCCCAUGGGGCAACACUUCUCCGGCACUCUGUCUCCCAUUUGAUAGCUCCAUCUGGCUGCGGGAUGGGCUUUCCAAUGACAUCACACAACAGGAAGUCCUCGGGGCUGUGUUUCUGAAGAACUAGAAGGUAAUGGAGGAAAGGGGUAGGGGGUGUGGGAUGAUUAUUUUCCCAUAAACGAGCAGUUUUUAUUGUUAUUAGGUCAUACCCAAAGGGCUCAACAAAAUGUGAGGAAAUAGUCCCUGUAUUGGUCACAGCAGAGGUUUAAAUGAGAAGAAUUGCCAUACCUGUGUCAUCUGUCUCCUCCCUUUCUCUCUCAGUGUACCGAGUGAUGACCUGGGCGAUUAGCUGCCUAGCUGUGGAGUGAAUGUUGGCCAGCAGGGAGCGAUAGUUGGCCCCACUGGAGAGGGCAUCCCCAUAGAUCUUGAUCAGGCCGGGGGCAGACGAUGAGGCAGGGGGUAGGUAAUGAUGGGAGGAGGAAGCAGCUGAAUGAGCCCAAACCUCUCUCUCCCUCUCCCCCACCGCUCGGUCCCGGUCGCUGUUGGAGCGCCCUCGCAGGAAGAGAUGGGAAAGGCGCUUUGUGCGGGACUGGGGCCCAGCAGGCCGGGGCCUGAGGAAGGCCGGGGAAGGGGAUGGGGACGGAGCAGGGGAAGCCAGCGAGGGGGUGGAGGUAGAAAGGGAAGAGGAAGGAGCAGAGGGGGCCUCGUGGAGGGAGGCUGCGUCAGAGCUGGUGGUCGACCUGAGAACAACAGAGGAGGGGAAGACAGAUGGAGGAGAAAGGAAGGGACUAGUCAGCUGUGAAUUAUGACUGACAAAACACGAACAAACAACAAGACCCAAAAUAAAACAAGGAAGGUAACUAAUGACAGUGGAAGGAAGAUAAGAUGCUAUUCUGCCCUUGACAAAAAGUGGUAUGCAAGUUUGAUAAACGGAGGGCGAAUAUUUAUGACAUAGAAGCAAAAUAGGACUUGAAGACAGUUUCAGACUGACUUGACAGAGACAGCACUCGGCCAGCGACCCCCAAGCUUGGCAAAGUGUUUCCUUGGUGAGUUGAUCCACAGACCCACUGGGAAAUGGAGCUUUCUGAAGCGAGGACUGCCAGACCCCUCCAUCUUACAGAGACAGAGAGAGAGAGAGAGAGAGGGAUGAAAGCUUGCAGGACCAAGAACAGAUGCUGCUUUAUGAUUCAAUAAUCUGAUAUCUGUGUAAGUAUGCCAGUAAACAGUAAUUGUUGUGUUUUCCCUUAUCUGCUUUAUCUACCUCCACACUGUAGCUGAGCAUGUAUGUCAGUAAUGUCAGAAUUGAAACAAUAAAACAAUAGCAUGAUGUCACCGUCAAAAAAUAUCAACAGGAAGCCUACAGCAGGUUGUCAACACGCUCAAAACAAGCAGAGCGAAAUUCACCGAAAACACCCCCAUCAGCUCUGUGUAAUCAAAGCACGAAUUUCCCAUUUACAAACAGGAAGCAUCUUUUGCAGGCCUCAAGUCCCAGCUGUCGCGCUGAUGGGGAAAUACCCACUCCUAAGGUCACUGCCUGUCUAUUUGCUGUCUUUGUUGUACAAAUCAGCAUCAAAAUUUAGUACCACACUUGCAUUUUCUCUAUAGAUAUAAAAUACUGUAUGUAAGCCUAAGGAAUAUCGUAUCAUAAAAAUGACCACAGUUUGAAGUGUAAACCCUGACGACGCUGCAAAUCUUGAAAUAUUUUGAUGUAUAUUUGUAUGUAUUAACUCAGCUAUCAUGGUAGUUAAGACUGCUUUUUUAAUGAGAAUAUUUAAGGUUACAUUUGUGGUGGAAAUAUGUUAAAAACCAUCAAGUGUAUGCAUUACAAGAUAUCUCUUUAGGAAUAUGCUUUCAAAACUUACCCACAACUGCCUGUGAUCCUUGUAUGGUAGGCCGAUCUGAUUCUUCAAAAGCAAAACGCAAAUACGCUUAAAGGAACAUAAACACCUUGUAUGCUUCCUCCUUCCCGUCAUGAAAUUCCAUUUUUUUAAUCCCAAACUUGUCCAGUUUCUACGAGUAGGUCUCUAAUUUUCUGUCUAACAUCUGUUCGUGUAGACCUCUCUGUACUAAAAUACCUUUUUCUGUCUAACAGAUUAAGGUCUGCUCCCUCUCUCUCCAGCUCUCGGCCUCUCUGCGUCUAUAGAUAGAGAAACAGGCCCAUUGUUCUAAGUGACAGAAUUUCCUUCCUUUGCAGUGGACAACACCUAUAUCCUGACUGACUGAGAGAGAGAGGGAGAGGGAGAAAUGGGAGAAAGCAGAGAAGGGCGAAUUUAUAGACAUGUAUGAUUUUUAUUACACCUUGUUGGGAAGACUUUAUCUUUAACCCACAAGGCAACAUUUAGAUUUUGCUCCAUCUGGUUGAAACAGAAGUAUGGUAUCACUAGUAUAUCCUGAAAGAGUUUAGAUUUAUCAGACAGGUCUCAGAGCAGAAAUACGGCCACUUAAACCCUGAACCCCGCUGGGAUUUUAAAAUGAGAACAGACAGCUGUGCUACACAUCACUAAACACACACCGAGACGCCAGUUUGAAUUUUUCUGGAAAGAGGCUGAGGGAAACACACACACUGAGACAGGAAGCUAGAGGGAGCAACAGUGACACCUGUGAACUUUGACCUUGUCUUCAACAGGAAGAUGGCGAUGGACUGAGAAAGAAGACUGUCAGUUCAUUCCAGUUGGGAGUUUAAUCCUUGAAAAUCUGAAUUUCAUGACUGAAUUUAUAGAUAGAACAGUAACCCUUGACCCAGUUUCUACCAAACUGGUUUAUUUCAGCCUCAGAUACACGUGGAAAAGGCAAACAGAUCAAACAUGAGGACUGAGUAAUGUAGUAAAACAUAAAAAAGAGAUGUUUGAUCUGAUGAUUGUAAAUAUGACAUUAUCAGAUAAGUGGUUACAUCAUAAAAAAUCUGUUGUAUUUCCCUAAAUGCGAUACCUCACAUUUGAAUCAAGACACUGAUCCUAUCAGUCAGACUUCAUCAGCUCCUUGAAGAAAAAAAAUGACUCUUGAUCAAUAAUGUAUAAAUUUCAAGGUUUUUUAUUUUAUUUUUUGGAUCAUUGCAACACAAAAUGGGUUCUAUUUAUUAUGUCAAACACAAGUGUUCUAGUCAUAUAAGGCUAAAAAAAUAAGACCAUUUUACACACUGAGAUAAUAAACAUCAAAGCUGAUUUUACUGGACUAAUGUGGCCCAUAUUCAGUUUUUUUUUCUUUCAGCUUUAAAGCUGGACUCUUUUUUGGGAAGGACACUGUACUUAAUUUUUUGUUUGUACUCAUUAGUCUUAGCCUGAAAAAGGUCUGUUUGUAUUCCUCUAUGUAAAACUGGGCCUAUACUCUGUGCCUUCAAAAUUCAUCCAGUUAAGUUAAACCUAUAUGCACAGUAAUCAGUCUUGAAGUCACUUGUAAAAAAACAAAAAUCCCAAAAAACAAAUAACACUUCCAUCUAAUCUAAAUAUUACAUAGAAGUACAUUCAUUCCUCAUACAACACUUCUCUUGUAAGUCUGACAGUCCUUUUUAUUUGAGUCAUCUGAGACCUUCUUUAUAUAACCAAAUGUGAAUGUACGGUGGCCAAGGACCGCCACUGCUGCAAUUUUUUUAAUCUGCACUGUUUCUUUUUUUAAUUUGCAGCAGGCUUUAAUUUUUUUUUUUUUUUGCAUCGGUACCUUCUGCUCUGUUUUUAUUUGUAGCAGUGGCGGUUCUCGGCUAUCAUAUAAAUCUGAUAAAACUUGUAAAGAUGCAAAAUAUUUUUUACAUUUUUUAAACAUAUUAGUGGGGGUUCCUGUUUAUCUAUUUCUAUGAAUAAAUGUGAUAUGUUUUUAAUGCUCAUGUCAACUUUAAACCGAGAUCUUCUCUUAAGCCUUUCUGCUGCAGGUAUCAGUCCUCUCUGUUGAUAGUUUUCGUCUUUUCUAAAUUCACAUGAUGCAGGAUCAGGGUCAUUCAAGUUGGACAUGACAUCAAACAUCCCAGAGUCCUUUGCGGCUCGGUGAGGAAGGACAUCUUUCUAUUGAGGAUUGAGGACACAACGAGAAACUUUCCAAGGUGAGCUAUCCGUAACGUCGAAAUGUAUGCUUUUUCCCUCCCUGUCUUCUCUUUUACGCGUCUUUUGUUGUCACUUUAGACGUAUUUUAACAUCUAAGUGUGUCAGCUGACUUUCAGAUUCACAUUUGUUAUAAUUUUAACGAGUAAACGGCGGACAUUAGCGGCUCAGAAAGGAACGAUGCUAAGCUAUGCUAACUUGUUUACUGAAUGUAAAGUUGCUGUGGUUAAUAUUUGUGUCCGCCAAUAGAGUCUGGUCGCAAACUUGCCUAAAAGUAUAUUUAAAUUUCCUGAAUAAGAUGGGAUAAGCUAGAAGAACGGCGAAAUUUGACAUUGCGCGUAUCCUAUUUUUAGCUUAGCUAGCAUAAGAACACUAAAGGUUACCCUGGCUGUGUUAUCCUCAGAUGACUUCUUCUGUGUUCAGUUAUCAUGAAAUGGCUGUUAUAUAUUAACACAUCUUUGCUUUAUUUUUGGUGUCUUUGUUGUAAAGAUGUCGGAGACAAUUGAAGAGAAGAUCAAGUCGUACAGGACUGCUCCUUUUGACGCCCGGUUCCCCAACACUAACCAGACCCGCAACUGUUUCCAGAACUACCUGGGUGAGGACACGGGCAGACUUACAGACCAACACUUAUUCAGACAGCCGUAAAAACUCUGUAAAAUAAGCAUAGAUCAGCUUAAACGCCAUAGGCAAUUUAAUACAACCCAAAACAAUAACAAUAACUCUACAAAACCAAUACAUUUUCAAGUUUUGACCUGUUCAGACAUGUGAUAGUUAUUCUUAAAACAGAUUGUUGAAGUUGCAAUGGGUGUUGUUGGUGCAUUACAUUAAAGGGAUAUUUCAGCGUAAAAUAAAUUUAGGGUCAAACACACCGUAGCACCGUGUUAGACACCACCUCGAGAGAUUAAUGUUGCCGACCGCUUGCUUCCCUGAUGCCAACUUUAGUAACGACUGCAGAUAGCAAUACACAGCGGUCUGAGGAGCCAUAAACAAACCUCAACCAAAACGGCACUCUAUAGCCACAAAUAAUGCUCAGAACAGCACCUAACUUCAUCAACAGUACAUAUAGGGUCCUAGCCAUAGUACUAGCCACCAAACAUCUUUCUUUUGCAAAGACACUAAACACAACUCACCUACUCUCUUCCAGCAGCCACUUGUUUGUACAGAGACAGAGAAAUGUUCUUCCUUGAGCUGCGUCACCCUGCUGUAGUCAGUAUUGGAUUGGCCUGAGGGCUCGCCACAAACAAGUGGCUGCUGUAAGAGAGUGUGUGAGUUGUGUUUAGUCUCUUUACUACAGAAAUUAGGCAAAGUUAAAAAUAUGUUUGGUGGCUAGUGCUAUGACUGGGACCAUUUAUGUACUGCUGAUGAAGUUAGGUGCUGUUCUGAGCAUUAUUUGUGGCUAUAGAGUGGCGUUUUGGUUGAGGUUUGUUUAUGGCUCCUCAGACCGCUGUGUAUUGCCAUUGUGCGGUCGUUACCAAAGUUGGUAUCAGGGAAGCAAGCGGUCGGCAACAUUCAUCUCUCAAGGAGGUGUCUAACACAGUGCCAUGGUGUGUUUGACCCUAAAUUUAUUUUACGCCAGAAUAUCUCUCUAAGAGGUGUGUCUGACAUUGUUCCCCCCAUAUAUGGGGGGAACACACUCUAGUAUACCACCACUAUUCAUGGUACUUUCAAUGAUAAAUAUGUAGGACAAUAAUCACCUGUCUGAUCAUGUCAACAAAACUGAACAUUCCGAAGCUGUAGAAGUUGAAUUCUUGGUUGUUUGAAACUACUCGGGAGUUCAUAUUGUUGUGGCCGUGUAAUGCAGUGUACAUCAAUGUACCAAAGAUUAGAGAAUGGAGCCUGAAAGCUGUCUGAGGAGCAUAUGUGAACAAUGUGAAUGAUGUGCUCAUCUACAGUUUGACUUUCACUAACUGUCAUGAAACAUAACAAAUAUGUAUGGUCUACCAUCAGAUAACUUACAGUUAACUUGAGUUAACCUUGUUUCAGUAAUCACUCAAAUAUAGAGAUCUGUUUAAUGUUGAAACGUAUGUAAAUAUGGUGUUCAUAUGACUAGAAUUGCACACAGCGAUUUCUUGAAGUCUGAAUAAUUUGUCCAGAUGGUGCGUUUAAGGGUCUUGGCCUAGGAGUUGUGCACAUCCCCCACAGUUGGCUUGGCACACAGUCUAAACAUGUAAAAGGUAGCCUGGUAGGAAAAACCUCAACAGAAGAAGAAAGAAAGUUAACAAAACAGUGUUAUCCUAUUAUGAAUACAAAUUAAUAUAGCUGUAAAUUUGUCAGUGUUUUCGCUGUUUGACAUACAGACAGUUAGCCUCGUGUUAAGUUGUUCAUUGAUUGUUUUGGUGUGUGACAUAAAAGGUCAAGUGCACAUGUAAACAUACUGAACCAGUUAAUCCAUCAGCUGUGGAAACUCAUAAAAAGUGUUAGUUAGUAUGGUUUUUAUUUCUGCCCAACAUUGAAACUUGAACAUCUCCCUUGUAAAGGAAAAAGCAAAAACAAAGAACAAACUAAAAAAAAUUUGGCAAAUGAAGCAACAGUCGUACACUUUUGUUGUCAAGCCAGGAUAUUGUCACUGUUCAGACUGUUCUCGUCUCUCUCUUCCUCCUUUUUGUUAUUUUUGUCGUGUUUUUCGUUCAAACGCACAGUCAGAUUAGGAAUAUAAAGCCAUGUUGUUUCUCUCCAGACUACCACAGGUGCAACAAGGCUCUAUCAGCCACAGACCAGGAUGUGGCUCCCUGUGAUUGGUACCAGAGGGUUUACAAAAGCCUCUGCCCCAUGAGCUGGGUGAGUAUUAGGGUUAGAGCUCCCAUAGCUUCUUUAUUAUGUCCAGGUGACUUGUCGGGGGGAGGACACUCAUCAUGCACUUACCCUAGUGGGUUUAAUACAGAAAAUACUAGCCAGCCAGAUGCAGCCCAGAUGGGCUGCUUUUCCAGUUUUCUGUUCUUGUUCUACUUCGCCUCAUUUAGUUCUGGGAUUGGCUUAUGAUCAGUUUUCUCCAUUUAGUUUGAGACUCUUGAGACACAUUAUGCUGCACAUAACAAAGGGCUGUAAGAAUGACGCAUCAUUUAAUUAUUUUCUGCUCUCCAUCUUUCUCAUCAUACUUGAAGAACACGCCUCACCUUCUUUACGUUUCCAGCAGUGAGAACUUAGGCAAAAACAGCUAUCAUCCUAUUUAAUGAAGUUAGAUUUUUAUGGCUGUUAGUCUCAACUUUGCAGCUGUUUUGACAAGUACACUUUUCCAAAGACAAGACUGAACAAUACUUGAGCAUUUGUUCAUUCUCAGACUGGUCUAAUAUUCUCUCUGAUAUUUCCAACAGGUCUCCAAAUGGGAUGAGGCGAUAGAGAGCGGGAGUUUCCCUGGAAAGAUUUGAAGUCGUCGGUUGUUAGGAUCAGAACUGUCCACCACAGGACUUUCUGUUACGUACACCUUUACCUCUGUUGUGUGCCUAAGGACAUCUUUAAACAGCUUUCAUACUAUGAUCAGCAUCACUGAUGUAACUGGUAUUAACUUAAAUUAUAAACACGCACAACUUUUCCAACCUUCAUUUCGAGGUCAGAAAUUUGUUUCCGUGUCAUUGUAAACUUCAUUUGGAGUUUAAUCAAUAAAUACAGUUUGGAUUUAACAAAAAAA